AUGAUCGUAGGAGAGAAAGGUAGAGGUGGUUCAUCAUGGAGUAGGGAUGAUGAUAUUGCUUUUGAGAGUGCUCUUGCGAUUUAUAUCGAUGAGACAGAUAACCGUUGGGAAAAGAUUGCUAGGGUUGUUUCAGGGAAAACUUUAGAACAAGUUAUAGAGCGUUACAAGAGUUUACUUCAUGAUGUUAUGAAAAUUGAAUCUGGAGACAUACCUCUUCCUGAUUAUGAUGUUCCAGAAGAUACAAAUGUUAGAAGAAAAAACAUUGGGGAACGUAGCAACGAUCGCAAAUGUGAGAAUAAGCAAGAAGGUGAACCAACAUCAAAGCCAAAGCGACGUAAGGUGAUUCCAUGGACACCGCUUGAACACAGUCAAUUUCUUCUUGGUCUAGAAAAAUAUGGAAAAGGUGAUUGGCGUAGCAUUUCUCGUCAUGUUGUUCUGACGCGAACACCAACGCAAGUUGCAAGUCAUGCUCAAAAGUACUAUGAACGUCUCAAAUCUAAGAACAGCAGCAGGCAGCGACAGAGCAUUCAAGACUUCAACGUUGCGGAAAGCACUAACAUCUCAGCAAUGAAAGCACGAUUCACAUGGCAAGAUGCUCAAGCCAAUUCACAACCAUCACUAGACCAUCCUACCAUAUGGAACACACAAGCCACUUCACAAUCAAUAGACCAUCAUGUAUUUGGGAAACCUACCAUAUGGAACAUGCAAGCCGCUUCGCUACCACCAGUGAAUGUUCCUUUCUGUGGCACACACACUAUUGGCCAAUCAAUGGUUGGACCAAAGGUCUUACCUACUAUUGGCCAAUCAAUGGUUGGACCAAAGGUCUUACCUCAUGGAACAGACAUGAAUCUCUUGGCCAGAUCAUCCGGCCCUUGGGCCAAACCAAUGCCUUACGGGGUUCAACAUCAUUCGGAUCCUUACUCUUCAGUUCCUUAUGCACCAUUCAACAGAGGUCCAGUUCCAUACACCAUGACAAAUAUACAUACUUCUCGUUAG